AGAUUAGUGGACGUGUAGCAGAACAGUAAGAACCAACCGUGAGACAUUUGCGUGUGACAAGGAUUUGUGAUGAGAAGGUUCUUAAAGAUGCGAGUGGUAGAAGCAAGAGUAUUGAUUAAUAAAAGCGAUAUUGUAAGGGAGAUUUAGAUCAAUAGAAAGAUCAGCAAUUCGUGUAACAUGGCAACUCAUUCUGACUCGCAUCUCGGCAUCUUCGAGACCAAAAUCAUACUACCCCUUACGUCAAGCAAUGGGGCCUUCGACACUCACUAUCUGAUCAGACUUCUGUUGGCUGCGGCCGUCAUCCUGACCACAUUCUAUAUCUUCCGAUUUGCCCGGAGCGAAGACGAUUUACCUGUCGCCAACAGACUGUUCUCAUUCGAACCUCGGUUCUUCUCACGGGUGCGUUGGACUUUAUGGGCUAGAGAAAUCCUCGAGGCUGCAGACAAGAAUGCUCAAGGAAACCCGUAUAAACUCGCCCACGGAGGCCAGGAGCUUGUCAUACUUCCAGCGCGGCUGAUACCCGAGCUCAACCGGCUCGGCACGGAUGUCCUGGACAGCAGAAAGGCGCACUCAUUCACGCUACUCGGACACCUCACCGGCAUCGACGUGGUGGAGAAGACGAGUUACCAUGUCCGUAUGCUGCUUGGACGGAUUAGCCCGGCCCUCCCGGAACUGUUCGCACCGGCAACGGCACGUCUCUCCGAUGCCAUGAAGCACGAUUUCCCCCAGAGCCAUGAGUGGACUGAGAUGUACCUUCUUCCUUCGGCCGUACGCUGCUUCAGCGAGGUGGUUGCACUUGCGUUAUUCGGGCCGCGGAUGGCGCAAGAUCCGAGGCUGGUGGAAUUAACGUACGGGCUCACGAGGAACGUUUUCGUGGUGGCUUUCGCGAUGCGCUGUCUUCCUCCCUUCUUACAGCCACUUCUGGUAUGGCUUCUCCCCGCCAAGUGGGAAUUAGAUCGGGCGUGGCGUGAGCUAGACACCUACGUCGUACCUGAAGUUCUGCGUCAAAAAGAAGCAGGCCUCGGAAAGAGCACGACCGCAGUCGACCCAAAUUUGAUCUCUUGGAUGGUCAAAGACGGGCGCACAGAGCUCGAACGAGAUCCUAAUGUGCUGAGCGCGUUAUGUGGCUCCGUUGCCGCGGGCUCAACGUAUAGUAUCGCAAAUUUUGUAUGCCGCGCGCUCUCGGACCUUGCAGGACACCCAGACGUAUUGGAUGCAGUCCGCGAAGAAAUCCGCACCAAACACGCAACCCUGGACGGGAAAUGGGACAUGGCUGCCCUAGCUAGCUUAGAGCGCCUUGAAUCCGCCAUGAAGGAGACGGCGCGACUAGCCCCUGGCACGCUCAUCGUAUACAGCCGCAUUGUACAGCGUGACUGCGUCGUUGGCGGUAUUUCGCUGAAGAAAGGACAGCCCAUAGCUAUGUCUGGCCCCGGACGUGCUAAGGACCCAGCGAUCUUUGAUGAUCCGAAUACUUACAAGGGCCUCCGGUUCUGUGCCGAAGAUAAACUCGAAGAACACCUCGCGCGACCGUUUCGAAGUGUUGACACCGAUAUCUUGGCCUGGGGCGCGGGACGAUGGGCGUGUCCGGGUCGUCAAGUGGCUGACAUGGCUGCUAAGGUUAUGUUGGUCAAGCUGCUAGAUGAAUACGAUUUCGCGUUCGUCAACAACAAGCCGCUUCAGUGUAAUGCCAUUCACGAAUUCUUGUUUAUUCAUCCGGAUAAGAAGAUACUGGUCCGGCGUAGGAAGGACGCUGUCGGCAUUGAUUUUUCAAUGUCCGACAGCUAGGAACCAGAAGACUGCUUUUAGAGGAAAGUUAGGGAGCAUCGCUUAUACAAUUCUAGAAGGAGCUGAAAUUUUGUUUAAUCGAGGGGGUGUGUUUGAGAGUUAAAGAAUUCAUGAAAAGCUUCGGGAUUUGAAAUAAAGGAGGCGCGAGCAAGUCAAACUUGGUGCAUACAUUACUAUCCCUUUAGUUGGCAUAAGACCACAGCUCCACCAUUAUUGGCAACUGUACUUCCAGCAGCCCCUGAGCUCCGCUGGCUCCCACAAAGCUUACUUCUAGUUGGUUAGACG